CCUGCCCUCUCCGGGGGACCCCGGGAGGAGGGGGCGCGACAGAUCGGCUCACUUGCGGAGCGCCUGCGACCGGCGUCUGGCCGCCCGGUGAGUUUCUUUUGUCCUCCCUGUGGCCCAGGGUGACCUGUGUACAUUGCAAACUUAGACGUGAUCCACGCAGGCAGGCGAGCCUGCCCUGCGGAUGGGGACUGCGGAAGGUGCUUCCCUCCCGCUCCCCCGGGCAAACCAGAGCUCCGAGCUGCAGGGGACGUGCUUGGUGUCUUUGAAGGACCUGGGUCCCCUGCAGAGCGGCUCAUCCUGUGAAGGAAUCUCUACUUGAUGUCACUCUACCACUUUUCACGUACACUGCACAUCGAGAAGGUCGUGAGCAACAGCAGUCACUCUGUGAGGGUGGGAACUGCCGUGAUUCACAAAGAGAAGAGAAGAGGUAGUUUUCCUGUAAUCACAAGAUGACUCAGGAUGGACCAGGAGGCGGCCCAGCUGGAGAAGCAGCACGUGCACCACGUGUAUGAGAGCACCGCCCGCUACCUCAGCGACCUGCAGGGCAAAGCCUGGCCCCGCGUCCGCCAGUUCCUGCAGGACCAGGAGCCCGGCAGCCUCAUCGCCGACAUAGGUUGUGGGACUGGAAAAUACCUUAAAGUGAACAGCCAGGUGCACACCCUGGGCUGUGACUACUGCGGGCCGUUGGUAGAGAUUGCCCGGAGUAGGGGAUGUGAAGUCAUGGUAUGUGACAACCUUAACCUCCCCUUUAGGGAUCAGGGCUUCGAUGCCAUCAUCUCCAUAGGAGUGAUACAUCAUUUCUCAACAAAACAGAGAAGAAUCCGAGCGAUAAAGGAAAUGGCCCGCAUCCUGGUGCCGGGAGGCCAGCUGAUGAUUUACGUGUGGGCGAUGGAGCAGAAGCACCGGCGCUUUGAGAAGCAGGACGUGCUGGUGCCGUGGAACAGGGCCCUGUGCUCCCGGCUCCUGUCCCAGGGCAGCCCGCCGGGCAGGAGGAAGCCGGGUGGCCUCCUGGAGAGAAGCCACCCCUACCCGCCGCCCGGCACCACCGGCUGCACCUGCUCUGUCUGCUUCAGGGAGCGGCGGGACGCCAGGCGGUCCCACAGCGCCGACUACGAGCCUAGCAGGGCCAGGACAUGCUGUGCCAAUGUUUCCAAGGAGGCCGGGGCGGAGAACGGCUUCUACAACACGCUGGGAAGAUCUUUUCGCUCCUGGUUCUGCUCCAGAUCCCUGGAUGAGUCCAGUCUGCAGAAGCAAGUGGAAAGAGGGAGAUCCUUGAAAAAUACAGACGGCUGGGCCUCCAGCACCGUCUCCAUCCAGCCUGCCAGACACAUCAGUUUGGACAGGGAUCCCCGAGAGCCAUCGUCAGCGAGAGAGCAGAGCUCCGAUGAGGACGUGUUUGUGGAAACGGCUCAGAAGCACGCGGAGUGGCUGCGGGCACCGGCCACGGAGGGACAUCCCGACAGAGACCCCCGAGGAGAAACAGGGAGAGAUGCAGGCGGGGAGGGUCUGGGGGGCACCCAUCCCAAGGAGACGUGUGCGGCCACAGGCAUGAUAGAAGAAGGGCAGCCUUCUGCUCGCAGGAUGCUGAGAAGGGUUUCCACGCUGGAUUCCACAGACUCCCUCCCCGACGACACCAUCGCCUUGGAAGGACAGCAGCCGCCGGACGCGCUGGACUCCGGGGCCUUUAUGCGCUACUACCACGUGUUCCGGGAAGGCGAGCUGUGUGGGCUGCUGAGGGAGAACGUGUCCGAGCUGCACAUCCUGAGCUCCGGGAACGACCACGGCAACUGGUGCAUCAUCGCCGAGAAGAAGGAGGCCUGUGGCUGACGGGAUCAGCUCCGACAGCUCGUGGCACUGGGACUUCACCGAUGCUGGGAUGGCUCCCUGAAUGUGCAUCCACCUCCAUCCUUUUUUAGCCCAUGCAUGCUCUGGUGUGUCGACACUGUGGAAUAGUCAUCUUCUGAAUCUUUCCAUAAGCACAGAGCCUGGCAGCUGAAGCGUUUGGCGAAGGGUGUUUGUGGUUCCGUGUUGAUGGAAGGGAUCUGAAGGAGCAGUGUGAAGUGAGCUUCAUUUCAGUUUGGGAGUUUUGUCCCCCUGAAAGAUGAAAUUAUUAGGAGACUACAUGUGUACAGUGUUUCAGUCUUGUAAACUGAUUUUAAAAGAUUCUGUUUGUAAGUAUACCUUCCAAAAAACGGCAUUUUUAUAAAGCUAGGGGGGUAAUUCCUGUUUCUCAGAAGAUGUCUUAGAUCUGUGUGCCAGGUAACCGAUAAGCCUGUCCCAUUGCACAGAUGGGAAUCGAACCUGGUGAUAAAUUAUUCUGUUACCAAGGCAUUGCUUCAACUUAGAGUCUUCAGAGAGGUGAGAAACAGGAGAGAGAGAGGAAAGAAGUGUUUCCAGAUUUGUCAAAACGAUAAGCAGUCUCGCAUCAAGCGAAGUGGAUCAGUAGGUUAUCAAUGUCACUCAGACAUUCUUAAAGGGGCUCUUAGCACAGAGAGAGGUGGCUGUGGGUACUUGAAAUUGGUAUUUUUCUGACCUUGUUGAGGCAGGACUACCCAGUUAUGAUAAGCCCAAGAUUGACUAAGGAAGAGUUUUCACUAGAACUGUGGUUCCCACCAUUUUUGGCCAGGCCCCACCUAAACAUCUCUAAAAUCCUGAUGCCCCCCCCCUGUGACAUAAAAUCCUUAUUAUUCAAAAAUUAAACUCCUAUUCACAUGGAGGAAGCCUAAAAGGACAUGAACUUGGUCUAAACAA